AUGGCCGCCUGCAACCGCAAGCGACCUGCUGCCGUCCACGCCACGACGGCUCAACAUCAACAAUCGCCGACGCGCUGCAAGAGGAGCCGCGCCUUCAUCGGAAGCACCGACGACUACGUGGAGGUGAACUCCCUAGGCCAAGGCGGCUUCGGCGUCGUCCUCAGGUUGCGCCACAAAGUCACCAAGAAGGACCUAGCCGUCAAGUUCCUCUCCUCGCCGGACGAAACCGAGGACGGGGCCGACGUCGAAGAUCUUUAUCGGGAGGCACGGUUCCUCGAGGCCUGCAAAGGAAAUCCUUACGUAGUCGGCUUCGAGGGCCUGGUGCACAAGCACAACCGCCAUGUCGUCCACCGCGACAUCAAGCCCGGCAACAUCCUCGUCGGGGAAACCAGGGAGCUUGUCAAGAUCUGCGACCUCGGGCUGGCCAUCUCCCUGUCCGACAAGCCACCGUACAACCAGGCCGGCACGGCGCCCUACAUGGCGCCCGAGAUGAUCAUGGGCAAGCGGGACUACGACGCGCUCGUGGACACGUGGUCCAUCGGCUGCGUCUUUGCCGAACUGCUCACCGGCAAGACCUUGUUCGCGUGCGACGGGCAAGAUGACGACGACGACGACAAGAUAAAGGUUGACAUAUACCAGCUGUGGAGCAUCUUCCGAGUGCUCGGGGUGCCGGACGAGAGGACGUGGCCAGGCUUCACGUCGCUGCCGCACACCACCGAGGCGCUGCGACUGCUACCGGCGGGGCACAACCAUAGCCGGCUGCGGGAUUUGUUCCCUGAAGAGAAGCUGUCCGAGGAAGGAUUCCAGGUGUUGCAAGGGCUCCUCACGUGCAACCCCGACAAGCGACUGACGGCAGCCGCCGCGCUGAAGCACCCAUGGUUUGCAGCUCCUCGUUCCACCGCCGCCGCCGCCGGUGCGAAGGUCGACGCUCUGUCGCCGGCGAUGCCAGAGAAGAAUGUACUCAAAAUUCCACUGGACGUGUGGAAAAGCUAUCUAUGUAAAUGCUAG